CCUCCUGCAAGUGCUAGAGCCGGGCGGGCGGCGCGGAGGCUGCGGUGGCAGUGGCCGCGGAGCCGGCCCUGCGGGGCCCCGGGGGGGAGGGGGAGCCGCAAAGCCCCCGCCGAGGCCGCCACCGCCGGGCCUCCCCUCCCCCCCCGGGCCGGCGCCAUGCGGGGGGGCGCGAGCGAUGCGGAGCGGCGGCAGCGCUGGGGUCGCCUCUUCGAGGAGCUGGAUAGUAACAAGGAUGGCCGCGUGGACGUGCGCGAGUUGCGCCAGGGACUGGCCCGGCUGGGCGGGGGCGACCCGGACCGCGACACCCAACAGGGCAUCUCCCCUGAGGGUGACGCCGACCCAGGUGGUGGGCUGGACCUGGAGGAGUUUUCCCGCUACCUACAGGAGCGGGAACAGCGUCUGCUGCUUCUCUUCCACAGUCUGGACCGGAAUCAGGAUGGUCAUAUUGAUGUGUCUGAGAUCCAGCAGAGUUUCCGGGCCCUAGGCAUUUCCAUCUCGCUGGAGCAAGCCGAGAAAAUUCUGCACAGCAUGGACCGUGACGGCACGAUGACCAUCGACUGGCAGGAAUGGCGCGACCACUUCCUGUUGCAUUCGCUGGAGAAUGUGGAGGAUGUGGUCUAUUUCUGGAAGCAUUCUACGGUCUUGGACAUCGGUGAGUGCCUGACUGUCCCUGAUGAGUUUUCAGAGCAGGAGAAGCUGACUGGCAUGUGGUGGAAGCAGCUGGUGGCGGGUGCGGUGGCAGGGGCUGUGUCGCGGACGGGCACGGCCCCUCUGGAUCGCCUCAAGGUCUUCAUGCAGGUCCACGCCUCCAAGACCAACAAGUUAAACAUCCUGGGGGGGCUCAAAAGCAUGAUCCGAGAGGGGGGCAUGCGUUCCCUGUGGCGUGGCAAUGGGAUUAACGUGCUCAAGAUUGCACCUGAGUCAGCGAUCAAGUUUAUGGCCUAUGAGCAGAUCAAGCGGGCCAUUCGGGGGCAGCAGGAGACACUGCACGUGCAGGAGCGCUUUGUGGCUGGCUCCCUGGCUGGCGCCACGGCCCAAACAAUCAUAUACCCCAUGGAGGGUAGAGCCUCCUGGAAGCAGCUGUUCCGAGGCGUCUUCACUCCUGGGCGUGGUGUUUCUGGAAGCACUUUGCCCAGGGAUAACCGGGGUCCUCCCCAGGUGCUGAAGACACGGCUGACUUUGCGCCGGACGGGCCAGUACAAGGGGCUGCUGGACUGUGCGAGGCAGAUCCUGGAGCGGGAGGGGCCCCGCGCCCUGUACCGCGGCUACCUGCCCAACGUGCUCGGCAUCAUCCCCUACGCCGGCAUCGACCUGGCCGUCUAUGAGACGCUGAAGAACCGGUGGCUCCAGCAGUAUAGCCACGACUCGGCCGACCCAGGCAUCCUCGUGCUCCUGGCCUGUGGCACCAUCUCCAGCACCUGUGGCCAGAUAGCCAGCUACCCCCUGGCCCUGGUCCGGACCCGCAUGCAGGCCCAAGCCUCCAUCGAGGGUGCCCCCCAGCUCUCCAUGCUGGGUCUGCUCCGUCACAUCCUGUCCCAGGAGGGCGUGUGGGGCCUCUACCGGGGCAUUGCCCCCAACUUCAUGAAGGUUAUCCCGGCUGUGAGCAUCUCCUAUGUGGUCUACGAGAACAUGAAGCAGGCCCUGGGGGUCACGUCCAGCCCUGGAUCUCCAAGCUCGGCCACUGGAUUCUGGAUAUCAAGAAGCCUCAGCCUCCGGAUCCUGACAAUGCAAUGCCUAGAUCCCGGGGCCCCCGCCACUGGAUCCCAGAUCCCCUCACCCCAACUACUGGAUUCCUGAAUUCCUUUACCUUGACACUGAGUCCCGGAUCCCUCUGCUUGACUACUGGAUUCCCUACAUUUCAACCACUACACCCUCAACCCACAACCACUGGAUCUCGGAUUCCCAAGCCCUGACCGGCUGGAUCCUGGCUCCUAAAUCCACAAUGUGAGCCCAACGGCUGAGCGAGUGGGUCCUGGUGACUGCGGCUGUUGGACCCCCAAACCCCUUCACCACAGGCACUGGAUGCUGAAACCUCACCCAUAGGAGGUAGACCCCCCCCCCACCCUUCCAAGCACUGGAUCCCAGCCCCUUAACCCCUGGAUUCUGACCGGAAUCCUCCCUGGCACUGGAUCCUGAAUGCUCAGACUCCAAGUCUGGAUAGAUCCCAAUAAGCCAAUGACAGCUUCCUGGAUCCCCCGUGCCCCUGUCCCAGACACACCCCAGAGCCCAGGGUCCCAUGCCACAAAGCCCAGAGUCUAAGGGGCCUGUUGGAAGCCUAGGUCCUGGCCUCCUGCUUCCAGAAGACCCAUGGGACUUGUCCAAAGACCUGACAUGACUAGAAGCCAGCAGCUGGGGAAGGAGAUGCCCCCUCCCACGCCCUAGGCAGAGGCUGGACAUGCCUGCCACCCAGGCAGCACGGCUGUACCUCUGGUCCCUGUGGCAAAACUUCCCCCCACCCCCGACAAUGCACGGCGGUGUCUUCCAUUCCCUUCUCACCUUUAGGCUGACGAUGACCUCCCAUUGCUCUCUCUUGGGGGCAAUCUGAGGCCGGGGACACAUUAUGGGGACUCCCCCAAACACAUCUCAGCACUGCCAGCCUCUACCCGGGCUUCAGGGUUGGGAGCCGGGAGCAAGUCUACACAGACUAGCCUUCCAGGGAGCCAAGCAUCCAGUUAUGCAAAACAAACAAGCCAAAUCCCCCAAACUCACUCCAGAUCUAUUUUUCUACCAGAGAGGAGCAGACAUUCCUCCCCUUCAGAUAACUCAAGCCCCCCGCCCCGCCCCCCCCCCAGGAACCUGUACAUUCUGCACUUUAUAGUUGGAUUCAGAGCGUAGCGUAAUUGGGGGACCCCUCCCAUGCCUCCUCCCUAGUCCUUGGGGAACCCGAGGAAAGGACUACAAAAGAGCAACUGGGUUGUUUUGGGGGGGCUGGGGGACCCCCCCUUAUGGCUUCCACCCCCCCCACCUACACCGUGUCCCACUCCCUGCCUGCUUGUGUUAUUUCAAAGGAAAAGAACAAAAGGAAUACACUUUCUAA